CGCGCGUCAGACGACCUCGGCCUAGCGAUCGUCGGCGGCGAGCCCGUCCUCACCAAGGCCAACGGUCGCGACGACCGACAGCUGUGGCUCAAGGACCUGACGUACGGUGCCGGGGUCACGGACGAGGCAGGCUCACCGGCGUUCGCGCUCGUGAACAAAGCCACCGGAGAAGCGCUCAAGCACUCCCUCGGUCACGGCCACCCGGUCCGCGCCGUCAGGCUCCACCUGGCGGGAUACGUGGACGAGUCGGUCCUGUGGGCCGAGAGCGAUGAGGACCUGGGCGACGGCUUCCGGCGCGUCCACAUGCUCAACAACAUUGAUUUCAUCUUCGACGCGGAGGCCAGCAUCCCUGAUCUCGGCGGCGCGCGCGACGGCACGCGCCUGAUCCUCUUCCGCUGGAACGGCGGCCUGAACCAACAGUGGCGGAUCGCCCCGCACAGGGCCCCCGCGGCGGCAGUGGCGGAGCUGCCAGAGCACGCGCGGCCGGUGCGAAUCCUGUGCCAGAGCGGCCAGGGGCUGAGCCUCACUGUUCGUGACCGCACUGCCGUCCUCGCCCGCGCCGACGACGAGGACGAGUGCCAGUGCUGGAUCCAGAGCUUCCGGAACACCGGCCACGUGACGGACGGCGCGGGACACCGGGCGUUCGCGCUCGUGAACCGGGCCACCGGGAAGGCGCUGGGGCAUUGCCGCGGCGACGAGCAGGUCUACCUCGCCGGCCACAAUCCGGACUCCGUGGACGUGGCGCUGCUGUGGACGCAGAGCAACGACCUGGGCCAAGGGUUCCACAACAUCCGCACCGUGAGCGACGUCGACACCGUCCUUGACGCAGCGAACGCCGUGCCUGAGGUCGGCGGCGCGCAUGACGGAACUCCCGUCAUAGUCUUCCCAUGGAACGAUGGCUCCAAUCAGAAGUGGAAGAUGCUUCCAUUCUAUUGAUGACUUGAGAGGAGCCGAGCAGUUUAAACCGUUUGAUGUCGCGCGCAUCUGUUGAUGCGAUCUUGAUGUAUCUUAACUAUUAAAAGUCUGU